AUGAAUGAUUCGGUAAUUGCUGUCAUUCCAAUUCUGCAAUCAACAACUUUUAUGAUGUCCGAUCCGAGAAAGUUCAGCUUUUUUGGUGCCAUUCUAGAUGCUAUCUUGGUAAGAGUUCCCACAGACAAUGCGAUUGUGAACGCAUAUCACAAGCUGACUAUAUAUGGUGUUCGCCCCAUGACAGAGAAAUUGCGAAAGGUAAUCGAUGAAGGUAAUAAACCAAAGAGAAGAGGUAAGCAAAAAGCAAAAGCUGCGCCUUCUGAAGUAGUGAAAACUCCAAAGAAGGUCAAAAAACAGGCUAGGAAACCGAGAUCUCCAUAUUCGCCUGCUCAGGAGGAUUUAAAGUUAAGGACUGAUUCGGAAAUCAGAGAGGAUGCUACUGUUCGGCAUGAAGAAGAUGAAACAACUGCCAAUUCGGAACCCACUCCUACUGAACCAAUUCCGAAGGUAUCAUGUCCACUACCUACCUCUGUUCCUCUUACAUAUGACUUCUUUGUCAACUUUCCAACAUCAUCUCCUAUAAUCACCAUUAUUUCGAUCUCUUCCAUUCCUCCUUUACCACCAAUGUUUUCUGUUGGAGUCUCUCUUCCACAUAUCUCCCUUCCACUCUCCACCUCUCUCUUUAGAGAUUCAACCACUACUAUAGCAACAACAGUCACCAGUACACCAGAAGUCACUGUCACCAAGUCCAUUUCGGAGGAGUUCUCAAAUGUUAUGCUUCUAAAAUUAAUCAGUAUUUGCAACGUCUUGUUAAGACUCAUGACUCUGGGAGAAGAUAAAAGAGAACCCCAAGCAAAGCAAAGCACUGGUGAACAAGAACAAGCACAAAAACUAAAGGCAAAUGAUCAGAAAGGUAAUGAAGCUUCUACAUCAAAAAAAGGAAAAGAGAAACUUGUUGAUGAUAAUGAGGAGGAAGAAGAAGAGCUUUCUGAAUCAGAGAAGCUUGUGCGCAAGAAGAGAGACAAAGAACAUGAUGUUCUUCUGAAGAUUCGAAAAGAGUUAGAAGCACAAGAAGCGGAGGAUAAAAUUACGAAAGUGAUGCUAGCAUCUCAUAAAUAA